AAAGUUUAUAAGCAGGCUAAUGACAAAAGUUGAUGUCUGCGCUUCUUUAGUCAUACAUUGAAGGUUGCGGUGGGUACCUGAUAAUUCUGCGGGAAAGCUCUUAUUACCACCACCCCGCAUACCUGGGUGCGUUCAGUGAUACUGGGUUGUGUCGAUCAGGCCGUUAAAAUAGCUGAAGGCCACUAUGCUAGCGUCAGUAACUUUUGUCGUCAGCCUGUUAUCCUUGCUAACGCCUUCAGCCUGGUCGGUUCGUACGCUUGUCCUCAAUGUCGGGGCAGCGGUUGGACGUGACGGGCUUUGUGCAUCCAUAUAUGAUGAUAUCGUUCUGGGAUAUCAGUACGUUUUCAAUAAGCUGGAUCAUCAGCCUACCAUCCUGCUUAACGACGCCAGCGGUCGUCAAAUCUCUUUGCAGUUGAAGCUCUGGCUGGCCUCGCAUGACUGCACUGACUCCGGUGCUGCCUCUGCUUUGCAAUCACUUGUUAACGGCAAGCCGCUGGACCCUAUUGCCGGCGUACCUGGCAACCCUCCUGUUCACGUGCUUUUGGGCGGCAAUGGCAUCAACGCCGUGCAAGAUGCCCUUCAGGCCAACGCCGCGUCUCGCCUGCUGCUGCAAUGCUGUACGGCAGACGACAUAGUGUCAAAACAGAGCCUGCCGUACGUGUUUAGCCUUCUCACUCCUACCAGCAUGUCCUUACCGCCCGUGCUACGAACCAUGGCACUUCGCGGCAUCAAGCGUAUUGCGGUUGUUUACCCAGGUGAACUAGCAUCACAUGCGCAGAUUUGUCUGGGAGCACUCCAGCAGCUUACACAGCUUGGUGGGGUGAGGCCAGGCUUUGGAAGCGUGGUCGUGCUAAACUACACAGCAGCCGAGGCGGAGGCGACGGAAUUCUGGCAAGCCGCAGGAAGUCGCAUCUUUGAGGCCAACGCCGACGCGCUAAUUGUCUGUGACGAACAGCAGCGUGCCUCCGAAUUGACGGCAGCACUGGACACUUUGGGCCAUCACCUUUCCGCCGUCUGGCUAUCCGCCGGUGAUCACAUCCACGACCUCCCGACCGUGCUGAGCAGCAACUCUAAGUACGCCCUAACCACCGUCCAGUGGUUGCCUGAACUGCCGUACUCUGAUCCCCUUUUCGGCACUGCAGCGGACUAUGCAGCUGCAUUCCUCAACGUGACGGGACAGGAAGCGACUCAAACAAGCGCCGCUGCCUCCGCCAGCGGAUAUGUGCUGCUGUCGGCGCUAGAACAAGUCAUAUCAACCUGCGAUCUUGGCCUUAUCUCAGAAGUCAAUCUUUCUGACAGUUUUAUGUGGGACAAGGGCAUGCUAGCCUGCCCAGAUCCCAACAAUGUGGGUGCAGUCAUCAAAACCAAUGGUCAAGCAGCGCUGCGAGACACGCUGAACACCAUGACCCUGGACACCUUCUUUGGACGUGUCGGUUUUGACGCCCACCAUGUUAAUGUACACCACCAGCCGAUUGUAGCACAGGUCGUGAAUGGAAAGCUGGUGGCAGUUUUGCCAUCCGACAUUGCAGAGGUCCCUUUGGUCAUGCCCAUUCCCCGUUCCGGCGGCCACCACAAGAAGACCGCCACCUUCAUUGUCAUCGUGACGCUGUCCUGCUGUCUGAGCCUCGUGGUGGCGUGCCUGGUUGUGGCGCUGCUGCUGCGCCUGCCGAGGCGGAGCUCGGUAGCUGCUGGGACUGAAAUAGAAUAUGAGGGCAUCAAGGUGGACAUCCAGCCGGUGCUCUACAAGGACGGUACCUCAGAGCCGGGUGAAGGUGUCUACAGGGGAUCCCGGGUGACACUUGUGGUAGCCACGGAGCUGCUGCAGCAGCUGGCCACGGCUCAGGAUACGGCAGUUGAAGACAGGGAGGCCAGAACCCGGGUGCCCCCCAUACCACCAGCCGCAAACAGCCCUACCACAAGAGCGACAUGCCUUGACGUGAUGGCUCGCACUACCGAAAACGUGGCGCCUGCUGGACCACUGUCUGCUGCAAUGCAGCAGCAUCACGUGCUGACCAUGCCUGAGACAACGGCGGGUAGUCCAGCAUCCUCAGUUAACCCAGUGCUGGGUUUCUUGAGCAGGCGCAGGAAGAAGGAGAUUUCUGCCGCUUUGUGGCGCGCCAUGCGCCUGCAGCACCCCUACAUCUGUCCUAUCCUAGGCAUCGUGUGGGAGUGGCCAGGGCUGCUUGAAGGGGGCGGGUCAGCGCCGGUCAUUGUACGACAGUGGUAUGAAUUCGGCAGCCUGAAUCGCCUGCUGGAGAACAAGACUGUGCCGCUGUCCCUUGGGACCAAAGCCAAAAUCGUGCAGGGUGUCGUGGAGACCUUGAUGUACCUGCAAGCCCAGGAGCCGCCUGUCAUGCUGGGUUCCAUCCACGCCUCGAACAUCAUUGUGGACAAGGACUUCAACCCGCACCUGUACCUGCGCGUGACCGACCUGGACCCUGAGUGCGCACCUGAGGUGGUCCAACCUCCGCCUGCACGAGCAAGGUCGCGCAGGGCAAGCCUCUUCAUGCCCCAAAGCUCCGGCCCAUCCCAGCAAGGCAGCCGCCAUCUGGCCCACCCGCAAAUCCAACCCCUACAAGGGCUACAACAAGCCAAGCUACAGCCCUCUCAGUCUUCGUUAAUGGACCUGAGCACCCAGAACACAACAGCAACCAUUGGGGCCCUUCCGCUUCAGUCCAGCCUGAUCCACACCAGUAGCGGAAACGUUGCUGCUGUCCCGCUGCAUGCCAUGAUCCGUCGUAGCAGUACUGUUGACUUCAACUCGAAGGAGGCAUCCACGUUCUUGGAGCAGCACCUGCUGCCAAAGGAGCAGCAGUCCAUCAUCACCUUUGGGCUGCUGCUGUGCCGCAUCUUUGCAGUGGCCGCCUUCACAGGCAAGGAUCCCUGGCUCAAACAGCAGGCGAAGUCGGAUUUCCUGUUGACUAGUGAUAUCGACAAACUUGUAACCGCAGCCCAGGGCGAAGUGCCUACAGUGCUGGAGGAGGCGGUUGUCGAGUUGACGCACGUAUGUGGCGCAUUGGGGGAGCUCGCACGGUCUUGCAUAACGUGUGCAGGGCAGCUUGCGUUUAGUGACAUCCUAAGGACGCUUGAGGAGCAGGUUUUCCCCGCGCUCACGGCUACCUCCAGAAAGUCACAGCAGCAGUCCAGCAGUCAGCAGGCUCUACCUUCUGCUGCAUCCAUGAGUGCUUCGGAGCAGUCGAAGCUUGGCAAGCUGCUCACUGCUAUGGCAAGCAUGCGACUGGGUCGGCAGCAGCACUACUCGGUGACAGGUGAGGAGGACUUUGGCAAGCGAAAGCGGUUGGGGAGCUCUGGUGGGCGCACGGCGGCGGGUAAGCAUCCAAGUCCAGCACCGCCGGUGGAGGCCAGGCAGCUGUCGGUACCCCGAUGGAGCAAGCUCGGAAGGACUAACCAUGUCACACGGGAUGACCUCCUCUUCGACAUCUUUCCCCCCAAGGUUGCCAGCGCGCUGCAGGCGGGAGAGGCGGUUCAACCAGAGCGCUACGAAUGUGUCUCCAUCUUCUUCUCAGAUGUGGUUGGCUACACGGACCUGUGCAGCCAGCUGCAGCCCAACGAGGUCAUGGAGCUGAUGCACCGCCUGUACUCGCGGUUCGACGAUAUCAUUCGCGAGCUGGAUCUGUUUAAGGUGGAGACGGUGGGAGACGCCUACCUCGCGGUCGGCAACCUGCGCUACCCGCAGCCCGACACCCACGCGCGCCUCAUCACUCGCUUUGCCUUCGCCGCCGUGGCCGCUGCCAACUCCCUGCCCAUCCACCCGGGCCGCCCCGAGCUGGGCUGCGUGCACAUCCGCGUGGGGCUGCACUGCGGGCCUGUGGUGGGCAGCGUGGUGGGCACCCUCAACCGGCGCUACUGCCUGUUCGGGGACGCGGUCAACACCGCAGCACGCAUGGAACACAACAGCGAGGCCGACCGGGUGCACUGCAGCGCGGCGUUUGCGGGGCUGCUGCAGGAGCAGUGGCCGGAGGGGGCGCUGGUCGACAGUCGGGGUGUCCGGCAGAUCAAGGGCAAGGGGCCCAUGGAAACCUUUUGGGUGGAGGAGAGGCCGCCAGUCAGCGGGGGUGAAAUAGCGGCGGAGGGUGAUGCCGACCCAGAUAUUGCGACGGCUGGAGAGGGCUGCUACACAGCGGCUACUGACCGUUCCGGUGGCAUCAAUGCCCUUUACGAUACCUUUAUGGUGUAAGGCCAGGUGCCAGCCCUCAGGCCCAUGGAAUGAAACCUUCUGAGUUAAGGAGAAGCUGCCGGCCACCAGUGGUGAACGGGAGAAAUUACAGAAUUAAGGAGAGGAUUCGUUACAGCAGAGGGCAGCGCAGUGGCAACCUACCCUGCUGCCGGCUGUAACACCAGCUCCGUGGGGUUGGAAGGUUAGACGCACCGUACAACAACCUUCUGGUUAUGGUGUGGUCCCGCGAGCCAACUAACCGACUUAAUUCACCCAGACUGUGAGAGAUUGACUGCGUUGCAUGUCACAGUGCUGUUGACGUGUAUGGGGCUAGCCAUUGCUCGCUGGAUACCUUUAUUGCCGUACGCAGAUCGCUCGACAAUUCGAUUUGCCUUUGAAAUUGACAGCAUCUCUCCCUUUCAUAGAUGUAGCCUACUCUGUGUACUAUGUACUUGGUUGCCAGUGUCAUACCUGGAUGCCAUGUGACGGCGUUCAGCAGGCUAUAACAGCCACUACCAUGCGGUCUUGCGUACUAUGCCAUGACCAUUAUUACGCAACUCGGAUGACGGUAGCUAGGCGCGCCAGGAAGCGGAGACGAAGUAAGGAAACUGCAAUCUUCAACUGCCUUGUUGCGCUCUUGCUUGUCAUCACACAUCUACUAGACUCAUCAUCAUCACCGGGUUUACAUGCUCAUGCAUGGGCCAGACGGCUGGCAUGUCCUAUGCAUGGUUACAUUCAUCCUUCGCAGGGUAAUUCACAAAGGGUCCAUUUCUUUAUGUCACAGAAAUAUGUGUGCGAUAACGCCUUAUUAUGGAUACUGGGUGCGUGGGAUCCGCACCUGCUAUGCGCUGCAUGUCAGUACUUGCAUAGCUCUUGCAGUACGUUCGGUGGAUAACGCGGGGGACUUCUUUUGCCUGGAUGAACGGCAAUGUGGGUUUAGCAGUCUGGGGCUCCCACUGUUCAUGUGUGUUGUGCCGAUCGGAAGAUUGCGGGAUCACCUGGCAGGUGUCGAACUACCGGCAUCACGUAACUCUCCGGGCAUGCCAGUAAUGCCUGUUUUUAAAAUUGAAAAAUAUUACUCUAUCUGGUUUGAAUCUGCUGGCCACUCCUGGCAUGCAGUUGUGGGCACAGCAGUAGUAGCUAGGGGCUUGGCGCUACAGACUGCAUGUGGGGCAGUUUGUGGCGUUAGUUGCCUCGGGUUGGGGCAGGUAUGAGUAUGGGUGGCUGGGAUGGGCGGACCUGCCUUGUGUGUUGCAAGAUGAGGGUAACAGAGCGAGAGAACAUUAUUCAGCCCCCUGCUGCUGCCUGCAGCGGAAUCAUCGCAUACUGGGUAUCCUAUGCAAGGCAUUACUUUAGUGUCUGGUAUCCGACUUUGAGUGUUGCAUUCUAUCUCCCUUUGCCUUGUGCAUGUAUGUAACAUCCAAUUGACUUAUCGUCAUACACUGCGGAUUUAAGUAUGUACGGCGGAUGACUAAGUGGAUCUUAACAGCGGGUCUUUUGUUCAAGCAAAUUGCAGUUCACGCUGUACACAACUUUAAAGGCAAUUGUUAUAAGACGUCAUGUCCAGGCGGGUGGCGGUUAAACCUCUUAAAGGUGGAAGGUUUUCAGUAUGGCUGGGAUGAAUGGACGUAUUAUUGCUGGAUGACUUUGGAAAGGAAAAUCUUUUAAAUCCUCCGCCGGAGGCACUGUGUGAAACGUUGCUUGAUUGCUGCUUCGGGGGUCUGGAUCGUUGCGCCUUCUUGGGCACUCAUGGGUCACAUACCGUCGACCUGGUUAGAGCAGCAGGGCAUGCAAGUGCUGCCCAGGGCAAGAUCGUAGCUCUGCUCCUGUCUUAUGUAUGUUACAAAACUGUAUGCGGCUAAUGGCCGCCGCGCGCCAACCGUAGGUGUGCAUGUACGUGUGCAACGGUUGACGUCCUUGGUAUUGGAUCUCGGCGCGCGGCGGGUUAAUCGAAAACGGUAAUCUUGCAAAUUACAUGCAAAUAAAAGGCGCUGUUAAGGAUUGCUACGUGCGCAUCCAAUGCGUGCCUAUUCUAGCAGUAGCCUGCGCGCGUGUGUUCCAAGCGGUUUGUGUGGGUAAUUCACACCGCUGCUCGCCCUAGGUGUCGACUUCUUGUAUGGUAUUAUGCCGGUACACACUGCGCCUCUGUCUAGCGCGCAAAUCUUGCAGUCAUAGUACGUUGCCUGUUGCAAGUUACUGUCAGGGUCCAUACUGGCUUUGCUUUGGUCUUUGUAUUGUUUGUGGUCUGGAAAAGCAGUGUGCACGGUAUGCGUCGUUGGGGUAUGCCUUAAACGUCCCAUGGGUCGUUCCUGUUGGCUUUCCUGUUCGGACAGGCGGUUUGCUGUGGGUUUGUUAGCCCAGCGACUCCGAGGGCGUGCCGGGUUGGGGGUCAGCGAGCCGUAUCAAUUAAGCUUAAUAGACGGUAUCCGACGGUAACGGUUGUUCGAAUCCGUUCGGGGGUGCAUGGAAAGCCCUCAUUAAUGGAGCUAUUACUCAUCAGUGGAAGCAGUGUGACUGUACGGUACAUUGCGCUUGUUAUUGGCAUAAGGCGCUGUUGUUUUGGCUUCUCCCUGGGGCCAGGGGGCCUGGAAGCUACCUAGGAGUCAGGGCCCACGUCUAUCUAGCGUCUGUGUGUAAAAUAAACUUGUAUAA